GACGGAACGUUUCUUUCAGCAGCAGCAACUGUUAGUCCGCCACCUCGGUAGCUUGCUAGCCAAAAUAGCCGAACCCAUAAAGCUCUUUAGACGCUUUAGUGUAUAUUAGCCACUGUAUUUUAAACCCUUGUCUGUCGUCUAGUUAGUUAGUUAUCCUAUUUAAUUUCAUAUUUACGGUGUUGUUAUUAUUCAGCUAGCGGGCUGGUUAAGUUAGCAUUAGCCUAGCUAGCUAACAUCUCCGACCAUGAGUUCACUAAAUUACUCUCUUCCUGCUGAAGAAGAGACGGUCUGUUGGACGGAGAAAGAAGCUAUCAUCAAAGAGGAGGAGGAAGAGAAGGAUGUUACAAUACAAAAACAAGCAGAGGGUGAGGUUGUUACCCUGAAAGAAGAAGAUAAAGACGUUACAGUGAAAGAAGAGGCGUUCAGAGUGAAAGAGGAGGAGGGUGUUACAGUAAAAGAUGAGGAGGUUUCAGUUUUUGAAGUGAAAGCGGAGGAGGGGGAGAAUACGGUCAAAUCAGAAGAAGAGGAGGAGGAAGAGGAGACUGUUACAAUACAAAAACAAGUAGAGGGUGAGGUUGUUACCCUGAAAGAAGAAGAGAAAGACGUUUCAGUGAAAGAAGAGGAAGACGUUACAGUGAAAGAAGAGGCGUUCAGAGUGAAAGAGGAGGAGGGUGUUACAGUAAAAGAUGAGGAGGUUUCAGUUUUUGAAGUGAAAGCGGAGGAGGGGGAGAAUACGGUCAAAUCGGAAGAAGAGGAGGAAGAAACUGGAUAUCUGGGCCCGUUUUCCCAAACGCAAUUUAAGGCAUCCAGUGGUUCUAAAGAUGAACUUAGCCAUACGAUGGUUUUGAGAAACCGGGCCGUGAUUACCACUGGAAAGAGACGUGACUGUCCUGGAUCCUCUGGGGAGCCUCAACAACCUCAUGAUGCUGACGAGGCAGAGAAGAGUCUCUCCAGAUCAGAACUCCUCAAGAAACACCAGCAGAGAUCCACAGGGAAGAGAACUCACUGCUGCUCUGACUGUGGGAAGAGAUUCACCUCAUCAGGCAUUAAAAUUCAUCAGAGAACACACACAGGAGAGAAACCUUAUAGUUGUGGUCAAUGUGGAAAGAGUUUUAGUCAAUCUGGAGAGCUGACAGUGCACCAGAGAAUACACACAGGAGAGAAACCUUAUAGCUGUGAUCAAUGUGGGAAGAGUUUUACUACAUCUGGCUCUUUGACUCUACACCAGAGAACACACACAGGAGAGAAACCUUACAGCUGUGAUCAAUGUGGGAAGUGUUUUACUACAUCUAACCAUCUGACUCUACACCAGAGAACACACACAGGAGAGAAAUCUUAUAGCUGUGGUCAAUGUGGGAAGAGUUUUAUUCAAUCUGGCCAUCUGACUGUACACCAGAGAAUACACACAGGAGAGAAAUCUUAUAGCUGUGAUCAAUGUGGGAAGAGUUUUAGUCAAUCUGGAGAGCUGACAGUGCACCAGAGAAUACACACAGGAGAGAAACCUUAUAGCUGUGAUCAAUGUGGGAAGAGUUUUAGUCAAUCUGGAGAGCUGACAGUGCACCAGAGAAUACACACAGGAGAGAAACCUUAUAGCUGUGUUCAAUGUGGGAAGAGUUUUACUACAUCUGGCUCUUUGACUCUACACCAGAGAACUCACACAGGAGAGAAAUCUUAUAGCUGUGGUCAAUGUGGGAAGUGUUUACUACAUCUAACCAUCUGACUCGACACCAGAGAACACACACAGGAGAGAAACCUUACAGCUGUGAUCAAUGUGGGAAGUGUUUUAC